GGACAUGAGCGACGUCUCCCGACAGCCUUCCCUUUUCUACCAUCUUGGCGUCCGCGAAAGCUUCGACAUGGCCAAUAAUGUGAUCCUGUACUGUGACAUCGAUGCCGACACUGCUCUCUCAUUGAAAGUAAAGGCUGCUAUUCACCUUCUCCUGAGUACUGCAUUUUGGGGAAGCAGAAUUAAUCUUCAGUUGAAUGUGUAACUGUACCAGAAGAGGAUGGAGAAAAAAAAUAGAGAUUUGCUUGUGUAAUCUCUUCCUUCCCACCACGGGUUCUAGCUCAGCAGACCACUUCCUGGCCACUGUGGGCACCUGUGUGCUAUAGACAUGCGUUUGUAGCCAACUUGGAUGCUUCUAGACUUUUAAGGAAGCAAAGAUAAAAACCCCUGUAGCUUCCACUGAAGCAAGCAUACCUCUGUGAGUCCCUUGAAGGACAAUUUGGUCUAAACCUACACAUAAAAAGAAAACUUCUCCACUUGACCAAUAAUAUGAAAACAUUUGGCAAUUGCUGAAACGGGUCAGUAUUUUCAGCAUAGACAUUAUCGGUAGUUCAUCUGUUACUGUCCCUCAGUCUAAAGCAAGGAUAUGGUAACACAGAAAAACAUGGCAUCUAGUGGAAAUUAUUAUUUCAUCCCGUACAUCGUGACGCCAUCCAAGGAUUAUUUUUGCUGUGAGAGCGAAGCCCAGAGGCGUGUGUCGGAGUACAUGCAUCCCAACUGGGAUGCCAUCCUAGGCCCGCUGUGUGUGCCCCUGGUGGACAGGUUCAUUAGCCUUCUCAAGGACAUCCACGUGACCUCAUGUGCUUAUUACAAAGAAACCUUGUUGAAUGAUAUUCGGAAAGCCAGAGAGAAAUACCAGGGUGAUGAACUGGCAAAGGAGCUGGCUCGGAUCAAACUCCGCAUGGACAACACCGAGGUUCUGACUUCAGACAUCGUCAUUAAUUUACUGCUGUCCUACCGUGAUAUCCAGGACUAUGAUGCGAUGGUGAAGCUGGUAGAGACGCUGGAAAUGCUGCCUACGUGUGACUUGGCCGAUCAGCAUAAUAUGAAGUUCCACUAUGCAUUUGCACUGAAUAGGAGAAACAGCGUGGGUGACCGUGAGAAGGCUCUUCAGGUCAUGCUCCAGGUUCUGCAAAGCUGUGACCACCCAGCCCCUGACAUGUUCUGCCUUUGUGGUAGGAUCUACAAGGACAUUUUCUUGGAUUCUGACUGUAAAGAUGACGACAGCCGAGAGCGCGCCAUUGAGUGGUAUCGCAAAGGGUUUGAGCUCCAGUCAUCUCUUUAUUCAGGAAUUAACCUUGCAAUUUUGCUGAUAGUUGCUGGACAACAAUUUGAAACUUCCAUGGAACUAAGGAAAAUAGGUGUCCGGCUGAACAGUUUGUUGGGAAGAAAAGGGAGCUUGGAGAAAAUGAACAAUUACUGGGACGUGGGGCAGUUCUUCAACGUAAGCAUGUUGGCCAAUGAUGCUGGAAAGGCCGUCCAGGCUGCAGAGAAGUUGUUCAAGCUGAAUCCUCCGGUCUGGUACCUUCGAUCAUUAGUUCAGAACAUAUUAUUAAUUCAGCGCUUCAAGAAAUCCAUGAUUGAACAUUCGCCCAGGCAAGAACGGCUUCACUUCUGGUUAGAUAUAAUUUUUGAGGCAACAAACGAAGUUACUAGUGGACUCAGAUUUCCAGUUCUGGUGAUAGAGCCAACCAAAGUCUACCAGCCUUCUUAUGUCUCCAUCAACAGUGAAGCUGAGGAGAGAAUGGUUUCUUUAUGGCAUGUCUCACCCACGGACAUGAAACAAAUCCACGAAUGGAAUUUUACAGCUUCUUCCAUUAGGGGAAUAAGCAUAUCUAAGUUCGACGAGCGAUGUUGUUUUCUUUACGUCCAUGAUAAUUCGGAUGACUUCCAAAUCUACUUUUCUACUGAAAACCAGUGUAGUAGGUUUUGCUCUUUGGUCAAAGAGAUGAUGACCAACAUAAUGGGCAGUUCAGGGGAGCUGGAGGGAGAGAGUGAUGGAGAUACGUUAGAGUAUGAGUAUGACCAUGAUGUGAAUGGAGACAGAGUUGUGUUGGGGAAAGGCACCUAUGGGAUCGUGUAUGCCGGAAGAGAUUUGAGUAAUCAAGUGCGAAUAGCCAUCAAAGAAAUCCCAGAACGAGAUAGCAGGUACUCUCAGCCUCUGCAUGAGGAGAUCGCCCUGCACAAGUACCUCAAGCACCGCAAUAUCGUUCAGUACCUCGGCUCCGUUUCUGAGGACGGCUACAUUAAGAUAUUUAUGGAGCAGGUGCCUGGAGGAAGCCUUUCUGCUCUUUUACGAUCAAAAUGGGGGCCAAUGAAGGAGCCCACUAUCAAGUUUUACACCAAGCAGAUCCUGGAAGGCCUUAAGUAUCUCCACGAAAACCAGAUAGUGCACAGAGACAUAAAGGGUGAUAAUGUUCUGGUAAAUACCUACAGUGGAGUGGUGAAAAUUUCUGAUUUUGGAACCUCUAAACGUCUGGCAGGAGUCAAUCCGUGUACAGAGACUUUUGCUGGCACUCUGCAGUACAUGGCUCCGGAGAUUAUUGAUCAGGGACCUCGUGGGUAUGGUGCCCCAGCUGAUAUCUGGUCCCUGGGCUGCACCAUCAUUGAGAUGGCAACCAGCAGGCCUCCGUUCCAUGAGCUCGGUGAACCUCAGGCAGCAAUGUUCAAAGUGGGGAUGUUUAAGAUCCAUCCAGAGAUUCCGGAAGCUCUUUCAGCUGAAGCCAGAGCCUUCAUUUUAUCCUGUUUUGAGCCUGACCCCCAAAAACGUGUCACAGCUGCCACCCUGCUCAGAGAGGGUUUCUUAAGGCAGGUGAACAAGGGCAAGAAGAACCGAAUUGCUUUCAAGCCCUCAGAGGGGGCCCUGGCGCUGCCCUUGCUGGGGGAGUUUGCAGGUGGUGGUGGCGGUGGCAGCGGCGUCAGCAGCAGCAGCAGCAGCGAGCACAGCUCCAUCUCCCCUGACUCAGAGGCCCAGUCCGAUGUGUUCUUCGAGAAGGCCCGGUCCCCAGCCUCCGAGUCACUGCCCAAGCACCACCUCAGUCAUCUUCCCAGUGUUCCAGAUGAGAGCACUGCCUUGUCCCCGGAGGACAGGGACCCAGGCCUCUUCCUGCUGCGCAAGGACGGUGAGCGCCGUGCCAUCCUGUACAAAAUCCUGUGGGAGGAGCAGAGCCAGGUGGUUUCCAACCUGCAAGAGUGCGUGGCCCAGAGUUCAGAAGAGUUGCAUCUCUCAGUUGGCCACAUCAAGCAAAUAAUUGGGAUCCUGAGGGACUUCAUACGCUCCCCAGAGCACAGGGUGAUGGCGUCUACAAUAUCAAAGCUAAAAGUGGAGCUGGACUUUGACAGCUCAUCCAUCAAUCAGAUUCACCUGGUACUGUUUGGAUUUCAGGAUGCUGUAAAUAAAAUUUUGAGGAAUCACUUAAUUAGGCCCCACUGGAUGUUUGCGAUGGACAACAUCAUUCGCCAAGCGGUGCAAGCUGCGGUCACCAUUCUCAUCCCAGAGCUACAAGCACAGUUCGAGCCUGCCUCUGAGAUGGAAGGGGUAGAUAAGGAUGCAGACAUGGAAGACUACCACCCCCUGGCAGACUCAAAUGGAAGCAAAGUGCCUGCCACCUAUGGAGGGAGCAGACCCAGUUCAGCAGCCUUCCAGGAGAUCCAGCUCCACCAUCCCUACCAGCACCUGAGCCUCCAGCUGGGCAAGCUCAGGGAGGAGACUACCAGACUUUUGGAAUACCUAAUUCAAAGAGAGAGAGAGUACCAGAAUUUCCUACGGCAAACUCUAGAACAGAAAACUCAAGAACUGUAUCACCUCCGGUUACAUUUAAAAUCUAAUGGUAUUACACAGAAGCCAGCACCCCAUUGUGGGUAUCCUGGGCAGAGAACAGAUCAGGAGCUCGAAGACUGGUUGAAACUGCAAGGAGCAGAUGCUGAGACAAUUGAAAAGAUUGCUGAAGAGGGUUAUACACUUUCUGAUAUUCUUAAUGAUAUCACUAAGGAAGAUCUAAGAUACCUUAGACUUCGCGGUGGCCUGCUCUGCAGGAUCUGGAAUGCUGUCUCCCAGUACAGAGCACGGGCUCUGGAGCCCUCCAAAACCAAGCAGUAGGCAGAAUCAUAGCCAGGCCAGAGCAAUGCCAGCUCCCAGGGGCACCUGACAUCAAGGACAACCAAGAAAGAAACCACAGAAAUCCAUGAGGAGAGAAAGUAAUGCUCUGCAUUUUAACUCCUGGCCAGAAUUUGGAAAAUUAUAUACUGCUACUGCAAACUCUCCUUACUCCGUCUCCUUGCUUACCUACCCCCGAUAUUUUAAAGAAACUGAGAACAUGAAUAAAAUAUUGUAUUCUAUUUCAACUUUUAAGCAAACAUUUCUGCUUUCAAAAAUUCAACUACUAAACAACCCAAAAAUAAAACCUAGGUUUUUUCUUUUUAAAAAAAAAAAAUUUGAUUAUCCACUUACUGAUGGGAACAAGAGGAGGACUACAUAACCACAGAAGCUGGCUUUGGAUUAUAAAUCAGCCCGAGAUAACCACCACCUGCCUCUUCUAGUUUG